CCCAUUAAAAAGAUGGUGCGACCAGCUCGAGUCAUCUUCUUCCUGCCGCAACCCCCGACUCUGCAACAAAAAAAAUUCAGAAUCCGGCGUCUUGAAAUUCGCCUGCCUAGCUGCCGUCGAACCCCGCCCAGACCUGCAUAGCUCCGCCUAAUCCCGCCUAGGCGCCCGCCUAACAUGCUUUCCGAUUUUGUGGCCGCUUAGAAUUUAAUCGCGGCGGUCGGCCACCGUCCAGCGCCUAGGCCCGGACCAUGUUGAGCCCACCCAAAUAACCCGACGGGCCCCCGUCCCGAUUCGCUUUAGUGCUGAUCAAGUGUAAAACUGUAAACUGUAAAAACUCCAUGGAAGAGCUUCUGCGCGCUUUUCAUCCUCUUGAGACAUUACACUUAUCAAAAGAGCAGAGCAUCUGGGUUGCCACUUGCAAGUCUACACACCCAAAACGCAGCGUUCUUCUCAUCUCUCUCCUUAAUCCUCACACUGGAUGACUGCAAAGGUUGGUACUACAUCCACAGUCGAACCUUGCACUGUUGAGAUGUCUGGUACAACGAUGACACCUGCAUCAUCAGCUGGUACACAAAAGGUCUCCAUGUUUGCUGCCAAGGCUGGAUUUGUUAUACCGAAAAACAAGCUGUCGGGUUCACUUGUGCCUGUCUUUCGUGGAAGUAAAAACCUAGGAACCGGUGAUGCGGUUAGUGGAGAAAGUAAGAAACAGAUUCAGAGGAAAACAAAAUGGGGCCCUGAUCUCACCCAAGAUGCUUCUGUCAAAAAAGGAAGAGCUUUAGCUUAUCUGACUCGGGUGGAACAAAUUACACAACAGUUGAAAUCAGGAGUGUUAGAGGAUGAGAAUGAUGAGGACUCACUAUCAGCACCUCAAGAUCCGCACCACAAAUCCUCUAAGCAUCAAAUUGACACAAAGGACGUCGACCAGUUGGAACUUGAAAAGCGUGAAGCCAUGGGUGAGAUAUUAAAGUUAAAUCCAAGCUACAAGGCCCCACCUGAUUAUAAACCUUUGUUGAAAGAGGCUACAGUCCCUAUUCCUGUGAAAGAAUAUCCUAAAUACAAUUUUGUUGGCCUGAUAUGUGGUCCUGGAAGUGAUAACCAGAAACAAUUAGAAAGGGAAACCGGAGCCAAGAUUCAAGUCUAUGGUACCAAAGCAGGGACAGGACAGAAGGCUGAAAUAAAACCAUCUGAUGGUAGUGAAAUCCAUGGUGAAUAUGAAAACUUAUACGUUCAUAUAUCAGCUGACACAUUUGAGAAAGUAGAUGCAGCGGUUGCUGUAAUUGAACUCUUAGUCACCUCUGUAUCAGGAAAUCUGGCAGCGGUUAGUACAGGUGCUUCAGUUUCUGGUGAUAAUGCUCAUGUUCCUAGUCAAGUCCAGGACACUAUCACCUCUAAUAUGGUUCCGACUACUGUGGUAAAUCAGGGAAUGGUACAACCACUGCCAGGACUGGCACAAACUCCACUGGAUGGGCAGUUUCAGUACCCUGGUCCAUUUUUCUCGAGAUGUCCAUCUUCCGCUCCCAUGAAUAUGCCUGGCUUCACUCCUCUGAAUUCUUCGAGACCUGUUCUCAAUAAUCCUUCCCAUCUUUCAACAUCACCUUUCAACCCUGCAUACCUGCCUUCAUCGUUUGGUCUUUUGCCAUCUCUUGUUUCCCCUAGACAAAAUCCACCAACAACACAAUUUUUGCUGCAUGCAUAUAUGGGUCCCCAGCCUGCAUCAGUUCAAGCUAAUGUUUCAGCUCCACUCACAUUCAUAGGAAACCGACCACUGCCUGCUGGGAGCUCUACUGGAUGGUCAAGCAGUCCACCAGCUCCACAACCAGGUGUUGCAUCCAUGCUACCACCUUCAAAUAUACCAACGGCGAAUAUGGAAUCUUCUGUAAACCAUCCUAUUGCGGCACCAAGUUUUAUUUCUAUUCCACGGCCUCAAGCAGGACUUCCUUCUACAUCUCUGCAAGCAAGAGUUCCAGGUUCUGUUUCCGGAAGUGUUCCAAAUUUUGCUCCCCUAAAACCACCAAUGAUGACGGCUCAAAGCCCUGGCGAUUUCACUUUUCAGCCUCAUCGACCACAGAAUCCAUCCUUCCAAACAGUUCCCCAGCCAAGCAGUCACUUUUCAGCACAUAACGCUUCUCUUGCCAGACCAAUGUUGCCAUCUCCAGCACCUCAAGCACCGUCUUUCCAGUUUCCUCAGCCAGGCGGUCAGGUGUUAUCGAGACCACAACUCGGUGACCACAUGGGUCAGCAUCCAUCAGCUCAUAUGUCUGCUGCUCCCAUUGCCAGAAAUUCAACUGCCAUCUCAGUUUCUCCCAGACUCGCAACAUUUCUGGAAUCCAGUACCGUUCUACCUCAGACGCCACACCCACCAAUGAGACUGAGUAACUUCAAUCCACCUCACCAGAUGCCCAAUUUGCCAGGUCCUUUGUCUCCAAGGCCAGGAAAUUAUAUUCAAAUUCAGCAAAACUAUCCUGCUCACGCAACUCGACCUGAGAUCCCACGUGCUCCAAAUCAACAGUUGAGCAACCACCUUGCAUUUUCCUUUGGCAAGUCGGCGUCUGGUCCUGGAGGAGGACAGCAACUUUAUGAUCCCUUCUCACCCACUUCCGCGAAUCAACAGCAGGGAGGUAAUCCAGGAAAGAUGUGAAAGCAAGGAAAUGAUCUAUACUAAUGUGAUUUGAUUGCCUUGGUUGGAAUUACAAUUUUGGAUUUAGUGAAACCGGUAACAAAACAAGAAUGUGGAGUUCUUGUAGUCUAUAGGUCAUAUUAACAUGUUGCUGUUAUCUGAUUUCUGAUAGGACACAACUUCUUUAUAGAAACACAUUUCCUCAUCUUUUUAUCAAUCGAUUUGUUUCCCUUU